AUGAAAAACAACACGUUGUCCUUCUACUUUAACCUCACCAUGUUUGUGAACAUUGGACGCUACUGCUUUGUAGCCUUUGCUUUCUGCCUCCUGCUCUACAGCUUCAUCGUCACCGCCAACCUCUUCAUGAUUCUGGUGAUACUGCGACAGAGAACGUUACACGAGCCCAUGUACGUGUUUGUUGCUUUGCUAUCCGUCAACGCUCUGUAUGGUUCUGCCGGUUUCUUCCCCAGAUUCCUCAUGGACCUCCUGUCCGACACUCAUCUGAUCUCCCGUCCUGCUUGCUUCACUCAGAUCUACACCAUUUACACGUACGGCGCCUACGAGCUGAGCAUUCUCGGCAUCAUGGCUUAUGACAGACACAUGGCGGUUUGUCAUCCUCUACACUACCGCAGAAAUAUGACCUCCAGAAAAGUGAUUAAGCUGUCAACGCUGGCUUGGGUUUUUCCCACCUUUGCUGUCAUGACGUGUGUUUUUCUGUCCGCCAGCCUCCCUUUGUGCGGCCGUGAGAUACAGAGAGUGUUCUGUGCCAACUGGAACGUGGUGAAACUGUCAUGCGUUAACACGACUGUCAACAAUAUCGCAGGGAUGCUUUUGUCCAUAACUACAGUUUUCUUUCCUUUUUUUUAUGUCCUCUACACCUAUUUACGCAUUAUAGUCGUUUGCUGGAAAGCAUCGAGGGAGUUCAAAGGUAAAGUGUUACACACCUGUCUGCCACACGUGGUUUCCUUUGUGGUUUUUUCCAUCGCGGCGUUUUGUGACGUUGCCUUGAGUCGGAAUAACAUCGAAGAGAUAAAUCCAUUCCUGGCCGUGCUUCUGUCUCUGGAGGUAGUCGUCAUUCCUCCGGUUCUGAAUCCUCUCUUGUACGGCCUCAAGAUGCCUGAAAUUAGAAAACACACCGUGAGGUUGUUGUCGUCGUCCAAAAGAUGA